AUGGCAGAAGCCAGUAUUCUAGUGGCUCAGGAUGAGUUCAUGUGUUCAGUGUGUCUGGAUCUGCUGAAGGAUCCGGUGGCCAUUCCCUGUGGACACAGUUACUGUAAGAGUUGUAUUACAGACUGCUGGGAUCAGGAGGAUCAGAAGAGAGUCUACAGCUGCCCUCAGUGCAGACAGACCUUCGGUCCCAGGCCUGCUUUAGCUAGAAACACCAUGCUGGCUGAAGUGGUGGAGAAACUGAAGAAGACCAGACUCCAAGCUGCUGAUUGUGUCUCUGGAUCUGGAGACGUGGAGUGUGACGUCUGCACUGGGAGCAAACACAAAGCUGUCAAGUCCUGUCUGCUGUGUCUGAACUCUUACUGUCAGAAUCACCUGCAACAACAUGAGAGUUUCUUUAGAGGUAAGAAACACAAAUUGACUGAUGCCACUGGACGACUAGGAGAGAUGAUCUGCACAAGACAUGAAGAACCGCUGAAGCUCUACUGCAGAACCGACCAGCGCUGCAUCUGUUAUCCGUGUUUGAUGGAUGAACACAAGAACCAUGAAACUGUGACAGCGGAUGCAGAGAGGACAGAGAAGCAGUCCUUUCAAAGUUUCUCCGUUCCUCCAGAAGCUACAGAGCAGCCCAGCAUCACCAUCAGUCCUCACUUCUCUUUCAGUCAUGUGGGAAAAUCAGUUUCUAAUCUGAAAGAAAAACUGGAGGAUUUCUGCAAAGAAGAGAUUGAACAGAUUUCUGUAAAAUACAUUGAAAUUAUUCCCCUCAAAGAAUCGAAGACCAGGCCAGAGCUUCUGCAAUAUUGCAAGUUUCUCACUCUGGAUCCAAACACAGUGAAUAAAUGCCUCCAUCUGUCUGAGGGAAACAGAGUGGCUAAAGGCACUAAAAAAGCCCAGCCGUAUCCUGAUCAUCCAGACAGAUUUGAUUAUUAUUUUCAGGAGUUGUGUAGAGAGAGUGUGUGUGGACGCUGUUACUGGGAGCUGGAGUGGAGUGGAGAUAAUGGUGUGGAUAUAUCAGUGUCAUAUAAGAGCAUCAGCAGGAAGGGAUCGGGUAAUGAGUGUUGGUUUGGAUGUAAUGAUCAGUCCUGGAGUUUGUUCUGCUCUCCUGACAGUUACUCAUUCAUUCACAAUAACAUCCAGACUGAUCUCCCUGUAAAGUCCAUCAGCAGCAGAAUAGGAGUGUUUGUGGAUCACAGUGCAGGAACUCUGUCCUUCUACAGCGUCUCUGACACAAUGAGCCUCAUCCACAGAGUCCAGACCACAUUCACUCAGCCACUCUAUCCUGGGUUUUGGGUUGGUUAUGGAUCAUCAGUGAAACUGUGUGACCUAACAGCAGAGAUAGAAACUUGAGUCUGUGACUUGGACUCGAGUCGCACACAAGUCACAAAAGAACACAACUUGGACAUGAGACCA